AUGCCGCCUUCCCGCCCCGAGGGCAAGCUCUUUGCGAGCGAGCGCUUCCUGCCCGAGGCGACGCCGGACGUCCUCGUGAUGGCCAAGGGCGCUCGCCUUGACCCGCCGCGGCCGCUCGCGCGCCGCCUCGCCUCCGGCUUCCCGCUCGCGGCCCUCGCCGCCAGCAGCUCGCUCACCGACGCGCAGCCGCCCGGCAGCAUGGGCGGGACCUACGCGGGCAACGCCGUGUCGUGCGCGGCGGCUGUGGCGACGCAGCGAGGCGCGCGCCUGCGGGCGGCGCUCGGCGAAGUUGCGGCGCGGCGCGGUGAGGGGGUGGUGCGCGACGUGCGGGGCCACGGGUGCAUGCUGGGCCUCGAGCUGGCGGCGUCGCAGCCGGCGGGUACUGCCAAGAGGGCGUGCGCUGCGCGCGGGCUGCUGCUGCUCAACUGCUCGGUGUACGAGACUUUGCGCUUCAUCCCGCCGCUGACCGUCGCACCGGCCGAGGUGGACGAGGCGUGCGAGGUCUUCGACGCGGCGCUGGCGGAGGUGGUGGCUUGA